AUGCAUCCAGUGGACAAGGUAUGCUCGGAAGCCGGCUUUCCCAUGUGCGAACAUCUAAGUGACGAAGUAUGCAAAAGCACAAGCAGAGGAUUUCUUCUGUUCAAGAACAAGAUAUCCUCUCCGACAACCGUGAUCCUUCUGGUUAUGGUCGUCCUGUCUGCCGUUCGGAUGAUCAGACACGUGAAAGCUCUAUGCUCUUCUGUUGGACGCAAGGAGAUGCUUAUGUUCUUCUAUCUAUAUAUGGGGUCGGCGGCGCUGGAAGCAGUGCUUGUUGGAUUCAAAGAUUUUGUCUCCAAGCGAACUCACCUGUUCCUGACCACUAUCCAGAUAACGGUGUACACCUCGGCAUUCUUUUCGCUCUUCGCAGGGAGCAUCACGGUGGAUAUGUUUACGGGAAUACUUGGCUUUAGAGCAGUGACUUUGCUCAAAAUCUCUGCUGCGAUCUAUUCCAUGGUGAUGGGAACAGUCAUAUUCACGGGACUGAGCACGUCAAGAAAAGAGCUUGUCUCUGCUCCAUUCUUUGCUCUAAAUCUGCUGUUCUUCUUUCUAUACAUGGUAUUCCAAGUGAGAAGGCUUAGAAAGACAGACGGGGAAAUAUGGGCAUAUGGGACGCUUACAAUAUCAGCAGCAUGCUUCCUGACUGCAAACACAGUGUCCUUCGUAGGCUCCAGACCGAUAGGAUUACUAACAGAUCGAUACUUCGAUAACCUCUUUUUUUAUCAUUUCUUCGUUCUCUGCGCAUUCAUUAUGAUACACAAAUAUUGGCUGUCUGUUUACAACUACGAGGUUGAGUCUCUACGCCUUGAAGUGUAG